GUCGGCCGAGAUUCGACAUCCGAGAACAUUCGAUGCGAAGAGCUCGCCGCCUACGUGUUAAACCUGGUCCCGCCAGUUCUUCGGUUUUAUGGUUCGCCCAGCGACCUCCAUCGAAAGCGGCUGCAGCAUCAACCUGAUCAGUUAAAGUUGCAUAAAACCGCUGGAUGUUCUGUCUAUUCUAGAAGUUCUUACUUUCUUUGAGCGUUAGGCGAGGAGUGACGGCAAGCGGAAAUAGCCCUGCAGGUUGCACGAACGCACUAUAGUUGCUGGGCGAGUAGUGCAGCUCAACGCACAGUGACUGGAUGUGAAAAGCACCUUUCCUUAAACUCUGAGGAAGAGAGUUCCUGCGGCAGCAUGGACCCCGCGAAUGCCCUGUGGCAGCUGGUUGCUGCUUCCAUCCUGCUUUACCUGGUUCACUGGUACAUGAAGAGGAAACAGCAUUUCAACUACUUCAAGGACCUCGGCAUUCCAGGGCCGGAGCCAAGCAUCAUCACCGGCAACAUGAGCGAACUGCGAAUGAAGACACCCACCGUGGCCUAUAGGGAAUGGUUAGAGAAGUACGGUAAAGUAGUGGGGUACUUCAACGGCUACCGUCCUGUUCUGCUCAUCGCUGACCUGGACUUGCUCAAGAUGGUUCAAGUGAAGGACUUUCAAGAUUUCAUUGACAGAAGUCUUCUCUUCCAAUGCAAGCGGCCACCGAGUCCUCACAACAAGUCUCUGAUCCAACUAACGGGCAAGCGAUGGAAGGAAGUACGCAGCGUGCUCACUCCCUCCUUCACCACCAACAAGCUCAAGAUGCUGGCUCCUGGCGUGGUGUGCAGCGUAAAGGAGUUCGAGGACAAGAUCGCGGAGUAUGCACGCUCCGGCGAGGAGUUCGAGAUCGGCAACCUGUACCAGGCGAUGACGUUGGACGUGAUCUGCCGCAGCGCCAUGGGCAUCGAAUACAGCAUCCAGAAGAACCCCAAGCACAGCCUGCUGAUCAGCAGCCGCAUGCUUUUCAACAGCACCUUCUCGUGGCUCGCCGUGCUGCUCGCCUCAUUUCCCGAGAUGGAGUUCAUACUGAAGUACCUCAAUGAUUGGAGGCUCGCCAGAAUCAACAACGGCGUUCACCCCUUCGAGGAAGUCCAGAAAAAAUGCGGAAACAUCGUCAGGCAGCGCCAGAUCGACAACUCGGCCCCACAAAAGGACUUGCUGCAGCUGAUGAUCGAAGCCAAGUCAUCCAACGUCGACGUCGGAAGCGUCACCUCGGACCAGCUCACGGCCGCCGACGACAACGAACACGAACUCAAGCAGAGCGCACCGCACUCGCCGAACGGUCUCUCGUACUCGAGCAGGACGGUCCUGGACGACGACGACAUCACGCAGAACGCUUUCCUUGUCCUCGUCGCAGGGUACGAGACAACGAGCAACACGCUCACGCUCGUAUCCCACAUGCUGGUGAACUACCCCGAGGUGCAAGAGAAAGUGCGACAGGAACUGCUCGCUGCACUAGGGCCGGACGAGGAGAUCAGUUACAACACGAUACAGAAACUGACCUACCUCGACUGCGUCAUCCAGGAAACCAUGCGGCUGUACCCGCCCAUAUUCGCGUUCGUCACGAGAGAGGCAGUGGUCGACAAGCAGUACGGGAAGCUGAAGAUUCCUGCCGGCACGGCGUUGAUGGCCGCUACCGAGUACAUCCACCGUGACCCCUGCAGCUGGGAAAAGCCGAACACGUUCGACCCUGACAGGUUCCUUCCCGAGCGGCGCAAGGGCCAGAACCCGCUCGCUUUCCAGCCGUUCGGCGCGGGGCCGCGCAACUGCAUCGGCAUGCGGUUCGCGCAGAUGGAGAUGCGCUUCACGCUCGCACACGUACUGCGCAAGUACCGACUCGAGGCCACGCCCAACAGCGACAAGGACCCUGCAGAGAUCGACAUGAACCCUCUCGUGUUGCGGAUCAAGAGAGGAGUGAACGUCAAGGUAGUGCCCAUCUAGAAAUACAUGCUGCUGCCUUCGUCUCAUCGUGUAAAUAGAUCUCGGACAGCUCAUUUCGCUUGUGUGCACCUGAACUCAUCUGUAAUAUAUACAAUGUUCAUAUGCAAAAGCUUCUACUUCUCACUAUAUUAUUCCGUGCCAAUAAACUGGGUGUUCUCAACAA